AUGACCCUUGCCUACAGCCCCACUUACAUGGCACCUCGCAAUGAGGCUGGAUACUACCAGCCCGAUGAGCUUGUUGACAGCAACCACAAAACUGCGAGUGACUCGGGGACAAGUUUGAGCGACGAGACCGUGCAGACUGUUGACAGCAGUGUAACAAGCAAUAGCGUCGAAAAGAUGGAAGUUCAUAAUCAUGAGGAGGAUAACAUGACACAGUACUUGAAUGACUCAAGUACAAUCAGAGAUUACUCAAUUGAUUCAGUAUAUUCUCGGACCCUUCCUGCCCUGUCCACGACGGUAAUCAGCGCCCCAGCUCUUUACGUCGAAUCAAUGCCGGGGAAGAAGAUACGUGACAAGGCCGCACUUGCCAUCAAUAUCUGGCUUCAAGUCAACGAAGAGGAUUUGCUUCAGAUCAGACAUAUCAUUAGCCUGCUACACAAUGCAUCUCUUAUUCUGGAUGAUGUAGAGGAUGGAUCAACCUCUCGUCGAGGGCGACCGUCAACGCAUCUGGUCUUUGGAAUCCCACAAGCAAUCAACUCGGCUGGAUAUCAAAUCAAUAAAGCAAUAAUGGAGGUUUUGAAACUGGGGAGCUCAGAAUGCCUCGAGAUAUUUAGCGAGGAAAUGGACAAGCUUUACAUCGGCCAGGGCCACGACCUUUUCUGGACAUUUAAUACAAAGCUUCCGACUACAGAAGAGUAUAUCAGCAUGGUUGACUACAAGACGGGGGCGCUAUUCAAUAUGCUUGUUCGACUGAUGGCUGCUAAAACGCAAACAACUCCACCGAUUACUCCGGACCUCAACCACUUGAUCAUCCUCCUCGGAAGAUAUUUCCAGAUCCGUGACGACUACAUGAACUUGACAUCUGGAGAGUACACGGACCAAAAGGGAUUCUGCGAUGAUUUGGACGAAGGCAAGUUCAGUUUGGCUCUCAUUCAUGCCUUGGAAAACACCACAGAGAAAGAGAAUAGUAUUCUACGACACAUCCUUGCGCAACGCCAUAUCGCCAACGGCAUGUCUCUGUCGCAGAAGCAUCUGGUGCUUGAUAUCCUCAAGGCGGCUGGAAGCUUGGACUACACUGUCACUGCUCUGCGAAAGAUAGGCCAGGAGAUUGAUUUCGAAGUUGACAGCAUUGAAGAAGUAACUGGCAUUCAGAACAAGCCGCUUCGUACAUUACUUGGCAUGCUGAAAGUAUAA